UGGUCUAUAGCUCCUUUGGGUUAUAUAAGGUCCACUUUGUUAGGUUUCUUGGAUCAACAGCGGUGUCCUCAAUCUCCAUAUAUUCUCUCCUUUCUCCCCCCCUCCCUCUCCUCCUACUCACAUCUCUUUCUUGGCACAAGACCAAUGCCAUCGACUGUUCUUUAUGGAGAAUAACAUUAGCAGCAACAAUGGUGGCUCUUGGGAUCUUGAGCCCCACGUCAAUUCUCCGAGCUUUGCUAACACCCAUGCCAGCGUCCAAGGAGGGAGGGAAGGGGAGCAGGAAGAGGAAGAGGAAGCUCUGGGGGCCAUGAAGGAGAUGAUGUACAGGAUCGCCGCCAUGCAGCCGGUGGACAUCGACCCCUCCACCAUAAAGAAGCCCAUGCGGCGCAACGUGCGGAUCAGCGACGACCCGCAGAGCGUGGCGGCGAGGCACCGGCGCGAGCGGAUCAGCGAGAGGAUCCGCAUCCUCCAGCGGCUCGUCCCGGGGGGCACCAAGAUGGACACCGCCUCCAUGCUCGACGAGGCCAUUCGGUACGUCAAGUUCCUCAAGAGGCAGGUGCAUGAUCUGCAGUCCAACCCUCAGCCACCAGCAGCGCAGAUCGGGGUGGUCGACGGGACCGUCGUCGGAGCCGUGGAGUGGCCCGCGACGGCUGAGGCUCGUGCCUCUUCUUCGCCCUCCUCCUCCUCCUCCGCCAUGAGAGCUCCACUGGGACUAGGGUUCGGCUUCGGUGAGCAGGGUGCCCACCAGCCCAGGCACUAAGCUUCGAGAGGUCAGUACGAAGCCUGGAUGGAAACGAUUGAUAGCUGGUAAUUUAGCUCAUAAUUCCCUGCAAUGUUGUAGUCGAGGUGCAAUCCAAACAACGUAGCAUAUAAACAAGGUGGUAGCUUGGAAGGUGUACAUAGAACUUCUAUUUGAUCAUAGUUUGCUUCUGCGUGCUCUCCUUCUUUUACAUUCUGCUCUUCUUCAUGUGUGUUACAGUCUGGUUGAUGGUCUCAUGAUAACACUGGCCUUUGGCUCACGUCAGUGUAUGACUGCUUCGAUG